AUGGGAGAUAUUGCUGAACAAGUAAGGAUUGAAAAACGUCGAGCCAGAAGACAACAAAAGAUAUUAGCUUCAGCUGAAAGUAGACUAAAGAAAAUUACAAAUAGUCAAGCAGCCAUGAGAGGAGGAGAAUCACCAAUAACAAAAAACUCAAUAGCUGAACAUUAUCCUUCAGCAAUAGAUCCUCGUCGUAGAAAAUAUGAAGAGAAUCUACUAGUUGAUCAUCGUUUUCUAACACAAGAGCAUGAUGAAAAUGCAGGAUUAAUUAUGAUGGAAGAGUCUGUAAAAGAAAGAGACAUCAUUCAUAAACAACAUGAUGAUGAUAAAUACUGGGAUUUAUUACAUCUUGUCUCUAUGGUCUGGUUAGGUAUUAUAGCAGUUUACCAAAUUAUCAAUAAAUAUGAUGGCGGAUUAAAGCAAUUAUUUGUUCAAGAACAAGUCACUACUGCAGCUUAUUAUGUAAGUCCUGUCGUUUAUCUAAAUAACAACGAAAUAGGAGAAGGACUAAUUUAUGGCUUGUUAUAA